UUUCAUUCAUUCAUUCAUCAUCAUCAUCGUCAUAAAGGUCUGUGUAUGUAUAUAUGGGCUAGACUGUGCUAAUCAGUAUCAACUAUUAUCAAUUCCCGUUUACUAGAGAUCAAUUGCUCAAUUGCUUCCCCCUUGUUUAGCACUCCACAAACACUAUUUACCGUCAGUCAACCCAUAAGGCGUUGAUCAUUUCAGCAUUCAUCAUCCUUCAUCCAUAAUCAACCCCCUCAUCAAUAUAACCAUAUCCAUCAUUCAUGGACUUUAAAUACCCCAAUCCUAAAGGCAAGUCACGAUCAGUGUCUUUCAAUCAUAUCAAGAGCAUGUCAAUAUCAUCCAAUACAAAUAGCUCGUCUUCUAUAACAACCCCUUCCAAUUCAACCCCAUCAUCUCCUACAGCACCUAGUAAUACAAGUACUACCUCUACCACCACCACUACCAUGAAUAAACCUAACGAUAAUGAAGAUAGUGACGACAAUAACAUCAACAAUUUCAAUAACAAUAAUAGUAACCUAGAAGAUGUAACUGCUCCAAAUAUCAAAAUAGGUAAGAUUCAAAUAUCAAGACGAACUUUUGAAGCUAUCAUAUAUAUACUAGGUUGGUACCUUUUUUCAUUAUCCAUAUCAAUCUAUAAUAAAUGGAUGUUUGGUAAAGCGGGUCUUGAUUUUAAAUUUCCUAUCCUUAUAACUUCAUUCCAUCAAUUUUGUUUAAUGAUCUUAAGUUGUACUGUACUUUAUUUUAAUCCCAGUUUAAGACCAACCGUAAACAAUUAUCAUUAUCAACCAAACUCAUCUAAUCGAGGUAAUUUAUUACAAUUCCUUCGAAUCUUUCAAAUUGGAGGUUUAACCUAUAUUAAACAAAUUUUUCCUUGUUCAUUAGCAUCAGCUGGUGAUAUUGGAUUAUCCAACGUUUCAUUCAAAUUCAUUUCUCUUAGUUUAUAUACCAUGUUAAAGACUUCAUCAUUAAUGUUUGUUCUUUUAUUUGGAUUAUUAUUCCGAUUAGAAAAAUUUAAUUGGAGAUUGAUUGUCAUUGUAUUUAUUAUGACAGGUUCAGUAAUAAUGAUGGUUAAGAAAGAUCCCGUUGAUUUACUGGAUUAUGAAGUUGAAGAUGAAAAUAAUGAUUUAGGAAUAAUAUUAGUGAUUGGAGCUUCAAUGAUGUCAGGUUUAAGAUGGUCAUUCACUCAAUUAUUAUUAAAACGAAAUCCAUAUACUCCCAAUUCCAUAUCAACCAUCUUUUAUAUCUCACCAUCAAUGUGUCUUAUAUUAUUAGUUAUAGGAUUAAUCUUUGAAGGAUGGGAAAAUUUUACUGAUUCAACUAUAUGGGAUACGAUUGGAUUCUUUAAAACUAUAUCAUUAAUGAUUAUCCCGGGAAUUUUAGCAUUUAUGAUGACAUUAAGUGAAUUUAAAUUAUUAACGGUAGCUCAAGUUACAACAUUAUCCAUUGCUGGAAUCUUUAAAGAAUUAUUAACUAUCGUAUUAAGUUCAUUUAUAUUUGGAGAUCGAUUAAAUUUUAUAAAUUUAUUAGGAUUAUUCCUUACCAUAAUUGAUAUUGCAUGGUAUAAUUAUUAUCGAUAUUAUGAAGGGAAAGAACAACAACAACAGAAACAACCAUAUUAUUUAAAAGUCAAUCAAUAUCAAUAUUCCGAAUCAAAUGAAGAUUUGGAACAUCAGGAUGAGAAUAAACGUUUACAAAACAUAGAAUUAAGAAAAUUAUAAACAUACAACUAAUUAAUUAAAAAUAAAAAAAAACAUAUUCAUAGGGUUAAUUUAUCAGUAAUGGUUUUGGUUUCAACUAUAUAUAUAUAUUGGAGUUCAUUUCAGUUUUACUUUUACUUUUUAUUUCAUCAUCAUAAUUAUAUAAUUUACAUAUUAUAAUAUACUUAUUUAUUUAUUUAU